AUGGUCUGCAACACCAGCGGCAACACGAUCCUCGCACUGCGCAAGAUCGACGACAACACGACCCACUGCCUUCCUUCGUUUGACGAAGCAGGACCGUGCCAGCAGUUUCCGUCCGCCGCCUCGUGCGAAGCGGCCACUGCGCUUCUGCUGCCAUCGGAUCCAGCCUGCACUUACUGCGAAACACUCUGUGGAGCGUCGUGCUUGAGCGUGCAGACGGUCGUCGUCACAUCGAGCGUCGUGUGGACCGUUGCGAGCGUCGUUGGCGUCUUGUCGUCGAUGGUGAUUGCCCAACGCUACUACAUCUCUGCAUUGCGGCCAGCGCACACCGCGCUUCGCGAGGCACACGCGCUGAGCCUGCAUCUCGUGCUUGCAUAA